AUGAGCAGCUCCGCCGGUGCGGGCGGCGCGUCGCCCACGAGCGCGUCGGCCGAGGGCGACGUGGACCUCAUGCGCACGAUCCUGGGCGAGCACGUGCCUCAGAGCGUCAUCCUCACGUGUCUCACUGCCUGCGCUUUCGACGUGAGCGCCGCUCUGAACUGGUACUUUGCCGAACUUGCGGCGUCUUCUCCUGCUGGUUUCGAGCCUGAAGAAGCAGCAGCACUGGAGACAGCUACUAGACGCUCUCCCGUCUACACUAUCCAAUCCGGUCUGAGUCUGACGCUCCAUGCCCGCGCGGUAGAAGGGAUGGUGAGCAAGUCUGAAGCCUAUUACGCCACACUAACAAAGGGAGAUCCAGCCUACGAUACACUUACACCCAGUAAUGAAAAGUUUCUGACUAUUCGGCUACGAAAAAGAGGAUGGAGAACCUGCACAGUUCAUGGCAUGCCGUCACCUGCUACACAGAGACCGGUGUUUGCUAAUGGAGACGUCGUAACGCUCGAGUGUAAUGGCCUGUGGCUCAAGACGAACUCGAUCAAUAAGACGCUGCAGUGGAAAGCUCCGUCUGAAGACGAUCGGAACAAGUUUGUGAUCCGUGGACUUCCACUUGGCAAGAACUUGGCACCUGGCGAUUAUUUCUUCCUUACGAGCUACAAGUGGAAGGACAAGGAGAUCGUGUGCAAGGACGAGAGGCCGGUUGGCACUCCCAGCUACAAUACAAACGUCCAUCGAUGCUUCCUCGGGCUCGAUCGCAUUAAAACGGCAAACCAACGCCUGUAUCUGUAUGCAAAGCUCACGCAGAAUGCAGUGAAGAGUUUGCCGAGACCUGACGACCCAGCCGAAGCCAGCCACCUGACUAUUAGUGUCACGGGUACACUAAGAUCCACGGGAAGUUUCGCCUCGCAAGACCAGUCGCAUUCGCUGCGGACGAACUCGAUAUCAGACGAAGUUCAAUUCUCAAACGCUAAGAUUGAGCAAAUGGCAAAUGUAAUUGGCACAAAUGUGACUCGUGACCACCUGGCCAACUUCCUUGAUGGUGCUGGCGGCGAUGUGCAGGUCGCACUGGAGCACUAUUUCAUGAGUUUGUCGACUGCUGAGAGUGGCAUGGAGGCUACGCGAAGUACGUCGGCAACCGAUGCCCCUUCAGUAACACAGGCCCACGUUGUGGAGUCAGCAGCAGCUCGUGAGGAGGCACAAGCUCGUGCACAGGCUCAAGGACAAGUGAACCACGACCGCCGCCCUCUGAGCCAACUCAUUUUAGGGAUCCCACCGUUUCCUGAGCCGACAACAUUACCAAGCACGAAACCGUUGCCAAUAGUACGUUCGCCUGUGUCAACAAAGGCCAAGUAUGUGGCUGCUGGGACCCUUCCUCUCCCGCCUUCGGUUGAUGCUGCGAGUACUUUUGUUGGAGAGCCGUCACCUGGCAUGCCACCUCCAGUGCCAUCUGUGUGCCCAUCGUCUAUUCCACCUCGUAUCGAUUCCGUUAUAGCUCACGGGAGAAUGACCACACCUUCGGUGUUACAACAUACUGCUGGCGUGGCUUCCGUGCCUCGAAUAAUCGAGGACGAGGUAUUUGUGGAAACAACUAACUACUCGAAAAAUCACGAGCGAAUGGAACGAGUGAUGACCCCGGUGGAGCAGCAAGGCCGUGGGUCUGUGAUAAAGUCGGGGGUAGAAAGCGAACGAACCGAGGCACUUACGAUUCAGGAUUUUGAAAUGCUGAGUGUGCUGGGCAAAGGCAGUUUUGGUGCUGUAAUGCUUGUCCGUUUUAAGAAGGACGGCCGUGUGUUUGCUCUCAAGAUAAUCAAGAAAAAUAACAUGGACCAAGCCGAUGUUCAAAAUGCUAUCGAAGAACGGCAGAUUUUGCAGCGUAUUCAUCACCCGUACAUUUGUGGAUUGGUUUUCGCCUUCCAGACCAACGAGCGGCUGUACUUGGGAAUGAAAUACUAUGCAGCUGGAGACCUCUUCUACCACCUGAACAUGAAGGGCCACUUGGGCACAAAAAACGCGAAGCUGUACGGCGCAGAACUUGUGCUGGCAAUCUCGUACCUCCACGAAUUAAACAUACUGUAUCGUGACCUCAAGCCUUCGAACGUCAUGAUCGAUUCCGAGGGCCACAUCGGGGUGGUCGACUUUGGUCUGUCCAAGCAGCACAUAUGUGGCAGCAAUUAUGGUGUCAAGACGCUGUCGGGCACGGCUGAGUAUGUGGCACCAGAAGCGCUUGCACAAUCUGCUGACGGCUCUCGCGACUAUGGCAAGGCAUACGACUGGUGGAGUUUGGGUGUCGUUAUCUACGAAAUGCUGGUUGGUGAGUCACCUUUCUACGAUGAGAACGAGCACACGAUGCUCAGCCAGAUUGUACAUUCGGACGUGGUGUUCCCGCCUGAUUUUCCACGCGAUGCGUACGACUUGGUUACAGGGUUGUUGUGCAAGGAUCCGAAGAAGCGGCUCGGCGCGGAGUCAAUGGGCGGCGUGGAGGCCAUAAAGCGGUGUCAGUUUUUUAGCCAGAUUGACUGGGACAAGUUGUUGCGGCGAGAAGUCAAGGCUCAUUGGACUCCAAAGCUAAGCAGCGAGACAGAUACGCGAUACGUGGAUCCAGAGUUUAUCGAGGAGGGUCCGCCUUCAGCAGCGUACGACCCAAGCGCUGGUUCGGAAAACUCGUCGAGCAAGCGUUUCAGCCAAUUCUCAUUCGAUUACAAUCUCGGGCGAUAA